AUGCAAAAGAGGCAAAAAUCACCGACAACUAAUAAAUUUGUUUAUGUUGUUCUGGAAGAUGAUUCCUCCAACAAAAAGAAAGUUCAUAUUGUUAAUGAUAUUGAUGUUUUUUUGAAAUCUUGUUGUCAAAUAUUUAAUAAUCCAAACUUACAGCGAAUCCUAAAUGAUGAUGGAGAGACAGUUGAAGAUGGAUCAGAGUUAAUACCAGAAAACACUUACUAUGCAACAGAAAUUUCAUCAGAUUUUGUUCCUAUUGAGCAGGCAACAACAGAUUUAACAGCUAAUAUCGAACAGAAGUACGAAUUAUUCAAAGUACCAGAAAAUGAUAUCAAAAAUAAACUUAAAAAAGCUAAAGUAGAAGCAAAAGAGAAAAAGGCAUUAAUAAUUAAAUCUAAAAUACAAAAGAUCGAAGCAAUCAAAGCCAAAGAAAAAGAGAAAUCUUCCACAGUUAUUUCUUCAAAGUUUUCGGUCUGUUCUCGUGCUAGCAGCAAAAGAAAUAGUAAAUUUUCUCAAUUUGAGCCAGAGGAAUUCAACUCAAUGUCAGAAAGUUCUGUUUCUGAACCUGUUGACGAUUCUUUAUCAAUGAGUGUUGUUUCUCAAAGAAUUAGAAGCAGAUUCGGAUCAGAUACCGGAUCUGUCGUGAGAUCUCGAAUAGACAGCCAAAGAAGAAGUGUUUUUGGCUUGAGUGCAACUGGUGGUGCUUCGCAAUUCAGUCUUUCAAAACAAGAUAUACUAAAUACUUGCAUGCCUCCUGAUUACGGCAUUGAAAUGGCAAAAGUUCCUGAUGACCUUGUAAAUAGAGAAGUUGAACAAGCUAUUUUAUGGCAAAAGAACGUUAGUCAGAUGUUAUUUUUCAAUCGUAAGAGUGAAUCUCCAUUUGACCCAUUAAAUGAUGGUCUCGCAUAUGAUACUUUGGCCAACCAUGCUCUCCUUGUUGGACCAAGUAACUUGCAUCACAUUCUUAAAGUUAAUAUCGUCGGACCACCAAAUUCAGGCGUUCCUUCUUUAAUGAGAUCAUUUGCCAAAUUAUAUACAGCUCAAUUAGUUGCUGCCGAAACCUGGAAGUCACAUUUUCUUUUUGGAUAUGAUGCAAAAGAGUUAGUUCCGCUUAUUAGAGAACCAGCAAAGCUCUAUAAAAAGAUGCUUGACUUAGUUUUGAAUGCAUUAUCUGCUCAGAAACCAUCCAUUUCCCAAUAUAUUCCUCGCAUCAGAAAACAAAUGUUAUCAAUUCUUGACUUUGAAGUUCCAUGCAAAGGUUUGCAUCCAUUCCAUGAUAUUGACAUUGCUGCCAGAUUAUUUGGAGAGACAUGGCGCAAUGACGAAGCUCUCGAAAACUGGCUUACGACCGUAGUUUCAUUACCAUCAAUUAUUUCUUCUGCUGUUGGAUUCCAGAAUCUCACAGUUUUUGUUGAUAAUCUUGAAUCUGCUGAUGAAACAGUUAGAGACAUCCCUCCAUUUACAGAAAGCCACAACAACUCGAAUUUCAUUGAAUUCAUCAAGUAUUCCUUGACAAGAUGUAAUUUUGUCAUCAGCUGCAACAAGUUUAAUUUACUUUUGCCAACCGAUGCAUAUGGAAUCGAUAUAACACGCGGCAUGGAAACAAUUUCAACAUGUCAAACACCUCAAGACAUGCUUGAAGGUGAAACACAAAGCAUUGCACUCCUCAUUGCCAAUGAAAGCAAACCAAUAAUUUUAGAUGAUAAUGUUCAUGGAGGAAUUCCUAAAUUUUUGGAUCAGUGGGAAAAGACACAAAGAGCGCUUUGCAAAUACGAACGCGUUAAGAACAUGAAAAAAGAAGUCUGCUAUUUAGAAGCACUCGAGGAAGCACAGAAACUUGCUGAUCUUGUCUUAUGCAGAACCGAUGGACAAAAGGUAUCAGUGCAGGAAAUUGGAAGACCGUAUCCUCCUAAGUGA